GUAUGUAUAUGACCGAUAUACAUGCAUACAGACAUAUAUGCACUUAUGCAUACAUAUGUAUGUACAUAUGUGGAUGUUUAAUAGACAAUCUGUUGCACAAACGCUUUUUUGGCUGAAAAUUCUAAACAACGGAGGCAAAGACAAGCAAACGUAUAAAACUUGCAGGGUUGCAUUUACCGUAUUUAAACAUAUUUUUUACAUAUGAAAGGAUUCGGCCUACAUGAUUUUUUUUUUUUGUAAUAAUAUGUAAAUGCUAUUAAUAAAAAACAAGUGCACAUGCAUAAGCAUUCAUAUGUACAUAUGUAUGUAUGUAUAAUAAUCAUAUCAACGCAUGUUACUUAUACGCCAAGUAGGCCAAAACAUUUAUACAUUUUUUCGCCUCCACUGUAAACAUAUGUUCAGCAUUAAGUUCUCUUCCGGUUCAUCACUAAAAACUAACAAUGACGUAGUUAGAUAAGUAGUGACAAAAUUGUUGAUAAGCAGUGCCUUACUAGAGUGUAUCAAAAAAGCGACGAAUGUUAAGUCGCCACUAUAUAAUAAAAGCUGUAUACUCCAGCAGGGAAGCUGAUAUAUAAAUUUGUCUUGCUUGAACAACACAAAUUGUCAAGUAAUGGAGUUGUAUCAACAUCUUACCGGCAAUAGCUAAAGAAAUUGCUUAUCGAGGAUUAAGUAACACAAAAAGUACUUAAAUAAGUAAUCGGCAAAAUACUUUCAAUAUUCAGUAUGAAUUUUGCUGAUUUUGUGAUUGGCGGUUUAUCAUCCACGGGUGCUUUAUUCUUUACAAAUCCGCUUGAGGUGAUUAAGACACGCAUUCAACUGCAAGGAGAAUUAGCAGCGCGCGGCACAUACGCUGUUCCCUAUAAAGGGAUUUUGCAUGCCUUUACAACAGUUGUUAGAAAUGAUGGCUGGGUCGGACUACAGAAAGGCCUUGUGCCAGCAAUGUACUUUCAGUUUAUUAUGAAUGGAGUACGUUUGGGUAUAUAUAAUACAGCAGUCAACAAGCAGUGGACACGCACGAAAGAUGGGGUUGAAUCGUUUGGUUUGGGCCUCUUUUGGGGUGCACUUGGAGGUGCAGUUGGCGCCUACUGCUCCAGUCCGUUUUUUAUGAUAAAGACACAACUACAGUCACGAGCUCCAAAACAAAUUGCUGUUGGUUAUCAGCAUCAUCACACUGGCAUGCUCAAUGCCAUACAACGUAUUUAUCGGCAAGGUGGCAUUGCUGGCUUAUGGCGCGGCUCUCUAGCUUCCAUACCACGCGCUUCUAUUGGUUCUGGUGCACAAAUUGCCACAUUUGGCAAGUCGAAAGCACUGCUGCGCGAGUACAAUCUAGUCGUACAACCCACAAUGAAUUCGCUUUGUGGUGGUUUCUUAGCUGGUUGUAUUGUAACUUUGGCCAUUACACCGCCAGAUGUUAUAACAACGCGGCUCUACAAUCAGGGUUUGGAUGCAAAUGGCAAGGGCUUAUUAUAUAGUGGUUGGUUGGAUUGUUUUUUGAAAGUUGCACGCAGCGAGGGUAUAUACGGUCUAUACAAAGGCUUUUGGGCAAGCUACUUGCGGCUGGCUCCACACUCAACACUGGUCUUAUUAUUCUUCGAUGAGCUUUUAGCUUUAAAAAAUAAAUAUAAAAUUUUGUUGUAGUGUUCCUGUUUCUUUUAUGCGUAUAGGGUGCUUAUAAGAUGUUUGUAUGACAUUUACGUUAAUUUUAAGUUAAUUUUAUUUUCAAAUAAAUACGUUAUGGUGUAGAUUUUAGGAAUUCAUGAAAAAUUUUGAUUUAAUAUCGUCCCCCUUAUGCCAGAAGUAUGAAUGUGCAAAUUUAGCAAUUUUGAGUUAUUGGGUUGAUUUUAUUAACCUUUGAAUGUUUCGUGUUAGGCAAAAACCUAGAAUAUCAUGCGUACACGAUAACCACAUAUUUUGCUAUGUCAAUUACAUGAGGGUCAUAUGUAGAGCUAAGUCUCAUAAAAAACUUAUGAUAUGUCUUCCCAGAGGAAGUUGUUAGACUCACCGUAGGGUUGUGGCGGUCGAAACACGAUAAUGACGUUGAACUCGAAGCAUUUUUCAAAAACCAAAUAAAUGAACAAAUAACGUCAAACUUAAAAAAAAUGGCAAAUACAAUUAAUAAGCUCGAUAAGGAGAAAAUUCUCUGUCUAACAAACUGAUAAAUACACCAAAAAUGGCGAAGGUAUGCGUUUUUCCAUCUGUCGUUUUGUAAACCAAUUGAAUGUAUUGAAAAAAAUUUGAUUGCGUUUCCCCACAAAGUUGAAAUUUUGAAAUAAUUCUCCAUCUUAUUAAAUGUACAAUAUAUCGACCCCUAAUUGCAAUUUUAUCGUAAGCGACAAAUUAUCGAAAACAUUUUUUUUUUUGCUGCAAAUAGGUUACAAAUAUUAGUUACAACGUCCUACGUCACAGACUUUGAAUAUUUACCGUUACGUAAAAAAUGCAAAAUGAAUUGUAUCGUUUGCUUUAUUUCCAAUUUGAGUUCCAACAAUUUUAUCGUAUUAGGGAAUUUACAUGAGGCGAUUUUACAGGCAGCUUUUAGUUGAAUGCGGCAGUUGCCUGGUGUAAAUGGCCUUUCAACUAAUCGUUUUCUAUGAAGUUGGCCAGCUGCCUACUUUCGUCCAACUUUUGAUUCAACUAAUCGCCUGUGAAAAUUGAAUCAUGUAAAUUCCCUAUAAGCAACCUUGUUCGUGCAGAAAUUAACAUAUUUAAUCCUUUCUUCUGUGACCGGCCAGAUAUAAAUUUUAUCAGUGCACUUGCAUAAUG